AAUUGAAUUGACCCUUUCCCUUGUCUGAACACUCUCUUCCUUCUUGCAUCUUCUCUGCAAGUCUCCACCGACAGCUCCAUCAUCUUCCACGAAUCUCCAAAUGCCAGUUUGCUGAAUAUCUCAAGCUUUCAUAAUCACUCUGCGAUCUCUAACCUCAAAUUCAUCGAGCUUUUGCAGCUCCAAUCCAAACGGAGCAUUUUGGAGCAGAACAAAAGAGACAAUAAUGCUAGAUCGGUUCUUGAGUGCGAGGCGGGCAUGGCAAGUCCGGCGGAUUCUCCGUAAUGGCAAGCUUACUCUCCUUUGCCUCGUCCUCACCGUCGUCGUCAUACGUGGCAAUCUCGGCGCCGGCAGAUUCGGCACUCCCGAGAAGGAUCUCAAGGACAUCUCCGACACUUUGAGCUUCUACCGCAAGCGGACCGAGCCGCGCCGCGUGCUAGAAGAAGCGGAGCAAGUAAACCUAACCGUCGGAGAUGAUGUCAACGCGACUGAUUCCGGGUCGGGUGUCGGGUCCGAAGAUAGCCGUAGUUACAAGGAAUUCGAUCUAUCGAAGAUUAUAGUUGAUGAGGAUGACGGGGGGCCCGAUUUCAAGAGAGAUCCGAACGAGCCGUAUAGUCUCGGCCCGAAAAUCACCGAUUGGGAUGCGCAGAGGGGUGAAUGGUUGAAGAACAAUCCAGAUUUCCCCAAUUUCUUCGGACCUAAUAAGCCUAGGGUUUUGAUGGUCACCGGGUCGUCCCCGAAACCGUGUGAGAACCCGAUUGGAGAUCAUUACCUGUUGAAAUCGAUUAAGAACAAGAUUGAUUACUGCCGGGUUCACGGGAUCGAGAUUUUCUACAAUAUGGCUUUGCUGGACCCGGAAAUGUCAGGGUUUUGGGCUAAGCUCCCACUUCUGAGGAAGCUCCUGCUUUCCCAUCCAGAAGUUGAGUUCCUAUGGUGGAUGGAUAGUGAUGCCAUGUUUACAGAUAUGGCGUUCGAGGUGCCAUGGGAGAGGUACAAGAACUCUAACCUUGUGCUCCACGGUUGGGGCCAUGAGGUCUAUGAGAAGAAGAACUGGAUUGGGUUAAACACCGGUAGCUUUCUGCUAAGAAAUACCCAAUGGUCAUUGGAUAUUCUUGAUGCCCUUGCUCCAAUGGGGCCAAAAGGGAAGGUCAGGGACGAUGCCGGUGCAUUACUCACCAGUGAGCUCAAGGGCAGGCCUGUUUUCGAAGCAGAUGAUCAAUCUGCUAUGGUAUAUCUCUUGGCAACCCAGCAAGAGAAGUGGGCUGAUAAGGUGCAUCUGGAGAACCUUUACUUCUUGCACGGUUACUGGGGAAUUCUGGUGGAUAGGUACGAAGAAAUGAUCGACAAUUUCCACCCCGGAUUCGGGGAUCAUAGGUGGCCAUUGGUGACUCACUUUGUGGGUUGCAAGCCCUGCUCCAAGAUUGGGGAUUACAAAGUAGCGAGGUGCGUGAAGCAGAUGGAUCGCGCAUUCAACUUCGGGGACAACCAGAUCCUGCAGAUGUACGGAUUCACUCACACAACUCUCGAAAGCCGGCGAGUUAAGAGAAUCAGAAAUGAGACUUCCACUCCUCUGGAAAUCAGAGAUGAACUUGGAUUGCUUCACCCUUCAUUUAGAGCUGUCAAGGUAUAGUCUUCUUGACUGCACUUGAAGAGAUGAUCUUGCUUCCAUUUUCUUCUAUUUUUUUGGGGUGUACCAUUAAAUUAUACCUUCUACAUUGUGCUGUGUACUACGAUUUGUGUUCCUUAGAGCGAGUUUGCUUGUUGCAUUCAUUCAUCACAAUUUUUAAUGUUUCAUAGUCUUUGAUAUGUAUCAUUUCCAUGAAAGGCAUAGUUGAAUUGAAGUAUGGCAUCAAGCUAUGUUUUCAAUGAA